CCGGCCAUUGUAAGUGUUUUUCAAAUUUUUAAUAAAGCUGAAAGUUCAUAUAAAAUGGCGAAAUUCGUCCAUUUUGUAAUCCUGGGUCUUCUCACAAUCAUCCAUGUGGCAAAUUGUGACAACAAUAGAGAGUACUUAUUCAGGAAAUACGUGAAUAUUUGUAGAAAAAAAAUAUCGCAAAAAAGUACAACGGCUGUAGAAGAAUGCAUAUUGGAAACUGCUAAAAUUUUUGAUGGGGCGCAGGGUCGAGUGAAUGUCAAGCUAUUCAGAGAUAUACUUGAAAAAAUAAUGGACCCGAGUGUACGGGAUCAGAAUCCUCCUGUCGUGGCGAAAUUCAAGAAGUGUGUAAAAGGGAAAAAUUUCAGUUCUGCAAAGGACCUAGUUCAGGCGUUGCAAAUGUGCAACUUUAAUACAGCCGUCUUAUACAACUUUUGAAUAAGUGAUUUCCAGCAUUUCCAUGUAUCGAAAAAGGCAAUGUGGAAUUCAAUGUAAGAAUUGCGACGCUAAUAAACUGAAUAAUAAAAAUAUUGUAAUGAAUAA